CUUCAUAUUUGUACACAGACAACUUCUAGAGUCACCUCAGGAGGGUGUAGUAGCCUACAUACCAAGCACAGCACACAGCCGCUAAUCUCGUCCUGAUGUUUUACUGAAGGUGAGCGGGAUCAGACCAGUAGGAGUCACCGCUACACUCGCUCUCUCCUCUGCUGAGCCUCUCUGUGAUUGAGCAGGGAAACAAAAUGCCGGAAGUGGGGUUUCGGGAGACGGAGUUUCGGGAUUUGUAAGCGUGGAAAGUUUGCUCUAUUAAGAAAUCUACUUUUCCCGAGGAUUGAAGCUGUUCGUCAGGUUUUGUUUCACUGUUUCAUUCAUCCAUACUUCUACAAUGGGGCUCCCGGCGCUGGAAUUCAGUGAUUCUUUUCUGGACAGUCCUGACUUCAGAGAGCGACUCAAAUGCCACGAAAUUGAGCUGGAUCGUACUAAUAAAUUCAUCAAGGAACUAAUCAAAGAUGGAAAUAUGCUUAUUAGUGCGCUUAAAAAUCUAUCUGCAGCUGUGCAGAAAUUUUCCCAGUCCCUACAGGAUUUCCAGUUUGAAUGCAUCGGAGAUGCAGAGACAGAUGAUGAGAUUAACAUUGCCCAGUCAUUAAAGGAAUUCUCCCAGCUGCUGAACACGGUGGAGGAGGAAAGACGACGACUAAUACAGAAUGCUGACGAUGUCUUGAUCACACCGCUGGAGAAGUUUCGCAAAGAGCAGAUCGGAGCGGCCAAAGAAGGGAAGAAGAAAUUUGACAAGGAGACAGAGAAGUAUUACACAGUUUUGGAGAAGCACUUAAGCCUGUCUUCAAGAAAGAAAGAGUCACUUUUGCAGGAGGCAGACACCCAGAUAAAUAAGGAAAGGCAGAUUUUCUAUGACGCCUCCCUGGAAUAUGUUUUCAAAAUCCAAGAAGUGCAAGAAAGGAAAAAGUUUGAGUUUGUUGAGCCGCUGCUGGCCUUCCUCCAGGGAUUAUUCACCUUCUACCACGAGGGUUAUGAACUGGCACAUGAGUUUGAGCCAUACAAGCAACAGCUACAGUUCAACCUCCAGAAUACAAGAAAUAAUUUCGAGAGCACAAGACAGGAAGUGGAGAAUUUGAUGAGAAGGAUAAGGUCUGCAGAGCAGGACUUUAAAGCUCCAGGACAGUGGACCAUGGAGGGCUUCCUUUAUGUGCAGGAGAAGCGACCCUUGGGGUGCACGUGGAGUCGACAUUAUUGCACGUAUGAGAAAGGGACCAAAAUGUUUAUGAUGAGCAACUCUGAAUUCAAGUCUGGAGGCAAACAGAAUGGACUGAUCAUGAGUCCUCCUGAGAUGUUUAAGCUGAAGUCCUGCAUCAGACGGAGGACUGACUCUAUUGACAAGCGAUUCUGCUUUGACAUUGAGGUGGUAGAAAGUGUGUCCCACAGGCAUGGUAUUAUCACACUUCAGGCUCUUUCUGAAUCCAACAGACGGCUGUGGAUGGAGGCCAUGGAUGGAAAAGAGCCGAUUUACACCCUUCCAGCACUUUUGAGCAAGAAAGAGGAAACAUUCCUAAAUGAGGCAGGCUUUAAUUUUGUAAGGAAGUGUAUAGAGCUUGUGGAAACAAGAGGCAUUAACACAAUGGGGCUGUACAGAAUAGGAGGAGUUAACUCUAAAGUCCAGCGACUGAUGACCUCAGUAUUUGCGGCCAAAGCUCCUGCAGAUAUGGACCUUGACCCAGACACCUGGGAUAACAAGACCAUCACCAGCGGCCUGAAGAAUUACCUCAGGUGUCUGGCAGAACCCCUCAUGACUUACAGACUCCACAAAGACUUCAUCAUGGCAGUCAAGUCUGAUGAUCAGAACUACAGGGUCUGUGCUGUUCAUGCCCUUGUCCACAAGCUCCCCGACAAGAAUAAAGAGAUGCUGGAUAUUCUGAUAAAACAUCUACAUGUGGUUUCCACACAUAGUCAGAAGAAUCUGAUGACUGUGUCUAACCUGGGUGUGAUUUUUGGCCCAACACUCAUGCGCUCUCAAGAAGAGACGGUUGCUGCCAUGAUGAACAUCAAGUUUCAGAAUAUUGUGGUAGAGAUCCUCAUAGAAAACUACGACAAGAUAUUUCAUCAAGAUCCAGACCCAAACGUCCCUCUGCCACAGCCUCAGCCUCAGUCUCACUCUCAGUCUCGUGCCAGUGCCCGCCGCAGCAAAGCCAUCUGCCUGUCCUCAGGGUCCCGCAAAUCCAGAGGCCUGUACCCUCCCACCCUGUGCCUGGCUGAUGCUGACAGUGACACGUUCAGCAGCAGUCCGAGUAGCACUCCCAUGGGCAGCAUGGAGUCUCUCUCAUCUCACUCUUCAGAGCAGAACAGCUGCUCUAAGACGGGCUCCCCGUCACGUAACAAACACAAGGUAUCAGGGAGUCUGUGCUGGGCCACUCCAUCUCCCUCCUCCAAUGGGCCCAAAAGCCCUGCUUGCACCACCAGCCCUGAUUCCAGCUCCAAAGAGGACGCCAACAAGACUGAUGGAGAAUGGGAAGAAGCGCUGAGCACAAGUCCAGGUGAUCGAAGCUCUCCGGCUUCAGAGAUCCUCCAGAGAACCCUAGGAGAGACACUGGAGGAUCAUGGGGAAGAACGGCACAGUCUGUCCACCUGCUCUUCUCUCACUUCACUCCACAUUUCUGAGGGUUUCAGAAGCUGUCAUGGCUCGAUUCAGAGCCUGGUGUCACGCAGUCAGAGAGACAGUCUCAAGUCCCUCCAUCUGCCGGAGCUUCCUCCUAAAGAGACCAUGAGAUACAGAGCUGACUCCUCAGCCAGCAAUGGCUACCAGAGACCAGGAUCUGUUGUGGCCUCCCGGGCAGCAAUCUUUGAGAGUCCUGUGAUUUCCCAGCCCACAACGGGAAGAGAUGCUAAAGCUUUGUUUUCCUGUCAAGCGGAGCACAGUCAUGAGUUGAGCUUCCCACAGGGGGCGCACUUCUCCAACGUGUAUCCCUCAGUGGAACCCGGCUGGCUCCAAGCGACAUAUGAUGGCAAAACCGGACUCAUCCCAGAGAAUUAUGUGGCAUUCCUCUAACGGCGCCAGAACAGGCAAAAACAAAGUCCAUGGUAUCCAUGGUAUUCACUUCUGCAACAAAAGGGAUCAUUUAUAUGCCUUACUGUAUGUAAAUAGUUUUUGCGUAACAUUAUAACCAGAUCAUUAACUGUUGCAUAAGAUAAAGUUUAUUCAGGAUGUAAAUAUCAUCUUUGUCUUAAAUGUAUUGUAGAUUUUAUUUCCAUCUAGGUACAUGCGGUCGACUGUAUUAACACAUUUGUGUAUUUAUAUGUGGCCCACAAUUCUAAUGGGUUCCGAUAUUUCAAAACUAGACAUAAGCUCAUAACACUCUGAGCAGUGUUGCGGUACGGCUCUGAAGGAAUCUAUGGAUUUGUAUUAUAUAGAGGGAGCAUUAAUUAGCGACUAUAUAAGUAGCAGAAGAUAGUGUAUCGCACCAAUGUGACAUUUCUUUUCAGUGAUGCCAAAAGGUGGAUCAUGUUUGGUAGAUGCAGGUCAUCUUUCAUUUCAGUAAUUGCUAAAUCUGUUUGGUGAAAUAAUUUUUUUAAAUGAGUUGGCACUCAUUGUUAUUCCAUGCAAUUUCAAAAGGUUAUACAGAAAAUUGGUACCUCUUAGUAGCGAAUGUUUUUAAUAAGAACCUUUUCAUGUCCUUAACAUUUUUCUUCCAAAUUUAAACAAAAUACGUCUUGAAUGAGCCAAAUAUGUUUCUAAUAUACUGCAAACUUAUUUUAUUAUACUAAUGUACUGUCAGUUUUGUGGCAUUUGGUAAAACAAUGUAAUUAAAAGUGUUCUUUAGAUGUUUUAGCUUAUACUGAAUAUAUUUGUUGAGUGUAAUACAGUGGAUUUAUUCUUAAUGAAGUACAAUCAUAAAACAAGAAAAUAAUUCUAACAGUGUUCAAUUUCGUUUGUCUUAGUUGCAGUUAGUUCUAGUUUAUGCUCACAAAAAUGCAGUUAUUCAAGUAAUGGUUCUGCUGUAUUUUAUUUUACACUGGUUUAGCAUUUCUGUAUGUUGAAAUGGAAAAAAUAUAUGUUAUACAGAUUUUAAUACUUAUAAUUAACAUCAUUUACAAAGUAAUUUAAUGUUUGGUCAUUUUCUGUUAAACUAUUAAAAUGUCAGUUUUAUUUACUGAUUGGGUUCCUUUGGUUGUGUUUUGAUCUGUUUCAUCUAUCUAUAUCUAUCACCAUCUUUGCCACCUCAGUUCAAAUCUAAAAGGCUUUCUUUAGAAUGUUGUAUAGAAUUUUAAGCCUGCUUUACAUUCUAUUUAGACACAUUCUAUGUCCAGAGAGAACAUGAAAAGUGACAAAAAUUCCACAUUUAGAAAUUUGAAAACAUCACUUUGCCUUUGUACUGUACAGUGAUUCGGUGAUUUAUGAAAUCAAUAAAUGAGUCCCAAAGCCUGACACACAACUGUAAUUCCC